AUGAAUCGUGAUAGUAACAAUUUUAGAAUUUAUAAUCCUCACCAAAAAGAUGAGAUGUGGAAAAAAGAAAUAAAUAAAAAAAGAAAUGGAAAGGAUUUGCCAGAUUACGAAGCGAAGGAUGUUUAUGGUCCUGAAAUAACUGACGAGGAUUCAGCCCUUUUAGAUCAACAUGACAGCUUUUACAUGACUACAAAGAGUUUGCUAGUACUGUUCCAGAUUAUGGGAGUAAUGCCUAUUAUGAGAGUGCCUAAGAUUGGCAAGGAGAGACUAACUAACUUCCAAGAAAAUUCCAACAAACGCUUCGAUGAAGUUAUCUACAAUAUAAUAUUUCUUAGUAUUCUCAUUCCGCACUUUCUUUUGCCGAUUGCAUCAUGGCGUCACGGACCCCAAGUAGCUAUUUUCAAGAACAUGUGGACGCAUUAUCAGCUAAAGUAUUUGAAAAUCACCGGAACUCCGAUAGUUUUUCCAAAUCUUUAUUGGUUAACUUGGGGCCUGUGUGUAUUUUCGUGGGCUCUCAGUGUUGCUGUCAUUCUUUCGCAACAUUACCUACAAGACGACUUCGAACUGUGGCACUCGUUGGCUUACUAUCAUAUUAUUGCUAUGCUUGAUGGAUUCUGUUCACUAUGGUACAUUAACUGCAAUGCUUUUGGAACAGCCUCAAAGGGUUUAGCGUCAAAUUUACAUAAAGCUCUUCAAGCAGAAAAUCCUGCUUUGAAGUUAGCACAGUACCGACAUUUAUGGGUUGACCUAUCUCAUAUGAUGCAACAACUAGGUAAUGUAUUGCCAAGUGAUUAG